GAAUACUGCUGCACUCCUCUGGAGCUAAUUGACUCUGGACAGACAAAUUCAGCUCAGAACAGAAGAAGAUUCUCGGAUCGCUCGGGGUAACCUGCAUUGUCUUCAAGAGCAAAGAUUGUUGAAGGAAACACAACAAAGAAAGAUAACCAUGCCUCUUACAGUUCUUCCCAUUUUGGGCCCGAUUUCUGUGUCUGAGAGCCUGGUGGCCAUCAUCACGAUAUGUGUGGUGUAUCUCCUCAUGCGCCUCAUGCGUACUAAGAUCCCAGAAGGGCUCCAGAAGCUACCGGGACCGAAGCCUCUUCCCAUCAUCGGAAAUGUCCUGGAAGUGGGAAACAACCCACAUCUGAGCCUGACCGCUAUGAGUAAGUUCUACGGCCCUGUCUUCCAGAUCCAGAUCGGGAUGCGUCCCGUUGUAGUACUCAGCGGAAACGACGUGAUCCGUCAAGCUCUCCUCAAACAAGGCGAGGAGUUCGCCGGACGUCCGGAUCUCCACAGCAGCAAGUUCAUCAGCGACGGAAAGAGCCUGGCCUUUAGUACGGAUCAGGUGGGUGUCUGGCGCGCCCGUCGCAAGCUGGCCCUCAGCGCCCUGCGCACAUUUUCCACGGUGCAAGCCAAAAGCUCAGAGUAUUCAUGUGCCCUUGAGGAGCACAUCAGCAAGGAAGGUCUCUAUCUGAUCGAAAGGCUUCACAGCGUCAUGAAGGCCGACGGGAGUUUCGAUCCCUUCCGGCACAUCGUGGUGUCUGUGGCCAACGUGAUCUGCGGGAUCUGCUUCGGCCAGCGCUACAGCCACGACGACGACGAGCUGGUGAGCUUGGUCAAUUUGAGCGACGAGUUCGGGAAGAUCGUGGGAAGCGGCAAUCCUGCGGACUUCAUCCCUUUCUUGCGUAUCCUGCCCAGCACGAUGAUGAAGAAGUUCGUGGCCAUCAACGCUCGCUUCAGCAAGUUGAUGAAGAAGAUGGUCAAUGACCAUUACGACACUUUCAACAAGGACAACAUCCGAGACAUCACCGACUCGCUCAUCAACCACUGCGAAGACCGGAAACUGGACGAGAACUCAAACGUGCAAGUGUCCGAUGAGAAGAUCGUCGGAAUCGUCAAUGAUCUCUUCGGAGCUGGUUUCGACACUAUCAGUACGGCUCUGUCUUGGGGUGUCGUCUAUCUAGUGGCCUACCCUGAGAUCCAGGAGCGACUGCAAAGAGAGCUGAGAGAAAAGAUCGGAAUGGAUCGAACGCCACGUUUGUCAGACAGAACGGACUUGCCACUUCUCGAGGCCUUCAUCCUGGAGAUCUUCCGCCAUUCGUCCUUCCUUCCUUUCACCAUUCCUCACUGUACGUCUAAAGACACGUCGCUCAACGGAUAUUUCAUUCCCAAAGACACCUGUGUGUUUGUAAACCAGUGGCAAGUCAACCAUGACCCAGAACUGUGGAAGGAUCCGUCAAGCUUCAAUCUGGACCGAUUCCUCACCGCAGACGGUACAGAGCUGAACAAGAUUGAAGGAGAGAAGGUGUUGGUUUUUGGGCUUGGGAAGCGGCGCUGCAUUGGAGAGUCCAUCGGACGUGCCGAGGUCUUCCUGUUCAUGGCCAUCCUUCUCCAGAGGUUAAAGUUCAGCGGGAUGCCGGGAGAAAUGCUGGAUAUGACGCCAGAGUACGGGCUGACCAUGAAACACAAGCGCUGUAUGCUGCGCGUCACGCCACAACCCGGCUUCGAAUUGCCCGGCACUGCGGCCUGAUCUGACGAAACCGUCAUCAUAGUUUGAGCUGAAAUCCACAGCGCUGUUACUUCUGAUUCUGGUUCGGUGCAGACCUCGCAGUCAACUCACAAAGCCAAAUAUUUGAAAGAUGUUUGAUUGUGAUUCAGGCCAAGGCAUCCGGUGCAUUUUACUGCAGUUAUUUCAAUAAUGCUGGACCGCAAUGCUCAUAACCAAGAGUCUGCAUGUGGCUUUAUCAUGUACAUACAUCUAUGUUUUCAUAUGCACAUGCGUGUUUGCAUGGGUUCAUCCUUUCAAAACUCGAAUGCUGAUGCUGAUAACAUAUUUGUGCUUCCAAAUAUAGUGCACAGAUAACAAUGAGUGCCUGCCGCAGCUCAUGCGCCUUAUGCUGCUUUUGUGCCAGUCUAUCAAAAGAAUGUCUUCUUUUGUCAUAAGCUUAAUACAGAUUCCUCAAAUCUGCUGGACGACAUACACUGAAGCUAUUUUCUGUUUGAUUACGAUCCCAAAAUGUGAUCCACUUUGUAAAUGUACAGCCACUUUUACUGUGCACAUUUUUUAAUGUGCCUGAUCUUACGUUUGUACAGACUGCUGUAGAUCUAUAUAGACUUUUUUUUGUAUUUAUCAAGGUGCUUCUGGACAUUCGAUAUCAUUCUAGAUCAAAUUUUCUUCCCUGGAUAAUGUUUUUGUUGUUUAAUUGACUUUAUGACAUGAUACUUUUUGUGGCAGGUGCUUAAUGUUUUGUAUGAUGAAGGAUGUCAUGAAAUUAAUGUCUGAAGUACUACAAUUAAUAAUGCCUGCAAAUACGGUCUCUUAUAUGCUCUACAAACAGGGGCAUUGUUUUUGCAUAACCUAUUUAUGAUUGCUAAAUGAAUAAAAAAACUUUAAUUG